GGGACUCCGAAUUUCUCCCCUACCCCAUCCUUCCUCCCCUUCUGCCUCAUAUAAAUCCUCUCUCUCCCCUUUCUUCCUCCACUUUCCAUCAAUCCACUCCUUCUCCACAUCUCUUCCUCUUCUCUCUCUACCUCUCUCGCUCCACACAAAAGACCCCUUCUCUCUCUCCCUUUCUCUAACUGACCAGGCACAAGCACAAGAAAGAAGUAAAACACACAAACAGAUAUGGGUCGUUCUCCUUGCUGUGAGAAAGCUCACACCAACAAAGGUGCAUGGACCAAAGAAGAAGACCAGCGUCUCAUCAACUACAUCAGAGCCCAUGGUGAGGGUUGCUGGAGAUCUCUCCCCAAAGCUGCAGGUCUGCUCCGUUGUGGAAAGAGUUGCAGACUUAGAUGGAUAAACUACCUCAGGCCUGAUCUCAAGAGAGGCAAUUUUACUGAAGAAGAAGAUGAACUUAUCAUCAAACUCCAUAGCUUACUUGGAAACAAGUGGUCUCUCAUUGCUGGAAGAUUAACCGGAAGAACAGACAAUGAGAUCAAGAACUACUGGAAUACCCACAUCAAACGCAAGCUCUUGAGCCGUGGAAUUGAUCCUCAAACUCACCGACCAAUUGGUGCCGGCGUCACCACCACCACUACCACCACACCCACCACCCCUUACUCUGAUGGGGUCAUUAACUCUUCUUCUCCGGCACCUGCGCUUACGCCGGAGAUUGUCGUCAUGAAUAGUAACCAAAUUAAGGCUGAAGAGGCACAGAGCAGCAGCGGAACCACAGAAGAACACCAACAAGAACAACAACAUCAACAACAGCCACAGUACCCAGAGCUCAAUCUUGAUCUAUCUAUAAGUCUUCCGUUCCAACCAGAGCAACCAUCAACGAAUACAGCAGAAUCAAAGCAACAGCUAUUGUCUUACCAGGUUUUUACAGCAGCAGCAGCACCACCACCACCACCAAUCUUCUCUCAAGCAAUCUGUUUGUGUUGUCGAUUAGGGUUCCAAAGUGGCCAAGCUUGCAAUUGCCAAACCACCAUGAUACCCAAUGGUGCCCACAGAUAUUUCAGUCCAUUAGAUUCAUAGAUUAUAAAGUAUAGUUCCCUUUCUUUCCUUCCAUGUAAUCCAUCUUUUCCUCUCCUCCUCUUAUCAUCAAAAUAUAUAAUUUGAUUUUUGAUAUUUGAAAGAAAGAUCAAAAUCAUACAAAUCUAUAUUUUCUUCGGUAA